CUCUUGUUUGCAGACAUUGUAUCGUUCUUUUCGUCUGACGUUCAAAAAAUUUUCCGAUUAAUCAUCGAUAGUUUCGGUCGUGUAAAAUUUGAUAAAAGUGCUAAUUAUUUUGCACUAAAAGUGCAGCCUGUUGUUAAAAGGUGUAAAGCUAUGAAUGCGAUUCAAGGAAAUACUGAAAAUUUUCCUCACAUCCACUCUUCCAUACGUGAAAAAUUCACUCUUCAUGUAUCAAACAAUGGUCACUUUUUGUAGCUAUUAACUGGUUAGACAGUGUUUAAAACGCACCUGCACAGGAGGAUACAGUAAACUUGAUUACUCAAGUGGGAGGAGCGAGUUUACAGAAGUGCACAAAAGAAGCAAUCAUGGCAGAUAUGAUGCGAAUUAGUGGAAGCGGAGCACUGGCAGGAUUCCAGCGAGAUAAACUCGGUUCGCCUUCUACAGGAUCUGAAGAUGGUGGAGGAAUUGAUUUGGGUGACAUUGCACAGGAAUUGGAUCAAGACGAGUUUGAUGGACCAACUACGUUAAAUGGAGAUCGCCCAGCAAUCACCGCACCACCCGAGAGCGAAUGGUAUCAUGGCCGGUUGGAUCGAUUCAGUGCAGAACAACGAUUGAAAUCUGCAUCCCGGUUGGGGAGCUAUUUAGUACGUGAAAGCGAUCGAAAGCCCGGUUCAUACGUAUUAAGUUAUUCCGGAAGGACAGGCAUAAAUCAUUUCCGUAUUACGGCUGUGUGUGGAGAUUUUUACAUUGGAGGUAGGCAGUUUUUCUCGCUGAGUGAUUUGGUAGGUUAUUACACGUCGUGCAGUGAUCUACUGAAAAGGGAAAAGCUGCUGUUCCCAAUCCCACCACCAGAACCAGUCAACGAUAAAAAGCGUGUAGUUGCAAUACUACCGUACACGAAAAUGCCAGACACGGAUGAACUCACUUUUCAGAAAGGAGAUAUUUUCUUUGUUCAUAAUGACAUGGGCGACGGAUGGCUGUGGGUAACAGCUCAUCGUACCGGCGAGCAGGGUAUGAUUUUUCGCGAAUUAGUCGAAGACUUGGAUCCAAGUAUCGAUCCUAACACGGUAUUUUCUUGGUUCCACCCGACCUGUUCGAAGAACGAAGCGGUCGAUAUGUUGGUCAAAGCCGGUCCGGGAAGCUUUCUUGUUAGACCUAGUGAUAACUCUCCAGGAGACUAUUCACUAUUCUUUCACAUUAACAAUCAAAUUCAGCGUUUUCGUAUUGAGAAAAAAGGCGUACGCUAUCUUAUGGGAGGACGAACAUUUGAAUGCUUGGAUGCGGUUAUCAACCGCUACAGAAAGGAACAAAUUGUAGAGGGUCAUACACUUAUGCAUGCAGUUAUCAACGGAAGCCAACCCGAAUACCAUCCACCUACAAAUGUGGCCAGUGCUGCGGAAAAGAUUUAUGCAACACUUCGAGAAUGCCGUGAUCAAAAUAUUCUUAAGAAAACAAAAGGCAUCAAACAUCAUGGUUAUUUGUUGAAAAAAUCAGACAAAACUUCCAAAUGGAAACAGCUCUACUUUGCUCUGCUGGUGGAAGGAUCGGAAACACAUUUAUGCUUCUAUGAUAGUCCGAAAAAGACCAAACCAAAAGGCUUAAUUGAUCUCUCGUGUGCUUAUUUGUAUCAGUGCCAUGAAUCGUUCUGGGAAAGACAACAUUGCUUCCAGAUAGUCGAGCGUGCGCUUCCAUGCUUAGCAACGAUAUCCUAUCUAUGUGCCAACAGUCAGGAAAGUUAUGUUGAAUGGGUUAACGCAUUGAAAUCUCAUUGCGUUUCUCAGCUCAGCAAGGCUCAAUCCAAGGUUCCACGUCUUCGAGAGUUACGUUGUCUGAACCUGCAAAUUCUCGAAGCUCACCGUUUACCGUUCAAGCUGGUUCCACAUCCGUACUGUAUUGUUUCUCUAAAUCAAGUCAAAGUGGGCAAAACGCGUGUUAAAACCGCUCCAGAUCCUGUCUGGGAAGAGGAGUUUGUUCUAGAUGACGUGCCGCCUGACGUCGUAACAGUGACCAUUACCGUACUGAGUAAAGGCAAACGUGGCAAAGACUCCGAAGUAGCCGAAUUGAUUGUAGAUCUUUGCGGAUUGAAAAACGGACAGGAAACGGAGGAAUGGUACCCUCUAAUCGGAAUGACCCCAAUGGGUGAAUGGGGAUCUAUCCGUUUGCGUAUACGAUACUUGGAUGAUCUCGUUAUGCCCUGUGAGGAGUACAGUCCUUUACAGCAGUUGCUAGUCGAGCCGGAAUUGAACGCGGUUCGUGCUUUAGCUGAAAUUUGUCACAAUGACCGUAUCCCGUUGGCUACUUCAUUGUUGAAAGUAUUUCGUCACGAGAAACGUGAAACCGAACUGCUAAGAAUACUCUGCCAAACCGAAGUUGCACGGGAGAAUGAAACGACCACUUUGUUCCGUGGUGCGUCGCUUGCAACGACUCUUAUGGAUCUCUACAUGCGUGCUGAGUGCACCAUGUUCUUACAAUCUGCUGUGUCCGAUACAAUCCAAAGAAUACUCGAGAGUAAGCAAUCGGGAGAACUGAAUCCAACUAAGAUGGAUGUAAAUGAUGACGCCUGCUCAAAUGCGGAGUUCUUGUUGAUGAUCUUGGACCAGGUUACACAAUCGAUCUUUACUUCCCCAGACGCGUGUCCACGAACAGUUCGAUACAUUUGCAACUGUCUACAGAAGGCGGUAGUUGCAAAAUGGGCAUCGCCUAAUGAGCGCCUGGUGCGCACGCGAGUCGUUUCCGGGUUUAUAUUUUUACGGCUCCUCUGCCCUGCUUUGCUCAACCCACGUCAAUUUAGUCUAGUCGGUGAAACACCCCACCAGAUGGCUACCCGAACACUUAUAAUGGUUGCGAAAUGCUUGCAGAAUUUGGCCAAUCUUGUAGAGUUUGGUGGAAAAGAACCUUACAUGGAAGUGGUGAAUCCGUUUAUUCUUAAGAAUAAAGAACGUAUGAUCGUUUUUUUGGACCAACUGUCAUCAGUUACUGAUCCAAAUCCACCUCCAGGCUGUAUGUUGGAACAAACGAAUUGUACGCUCUCUAGCUCAGAUGCUGGUCGCGAGCUGGCUACUUUGCAUCACAUUUGCGUUUCGUACCUCCCGGAAUUGCAGUCAAUGAGUAAGACUAACAAUGCGCUCAAAAAGCUGGUCACCGUUACCGAUAUGCUUUCAAAGCAUAAACUUAAAUACCGCGAAAUGAUUAGCUAAUCUGUCUCCCCAUGCUACAGAUAGAAACGAUGAAACCACUUUAAUGGUCUAAUAAUCCACAAAGGAUCGAAAGUUAAAGAAAUGUUAUUGAAACAAAACAACAGAAGUUUCUUCAUCGUUAUAAAAUAAAUAUACUACCCAUAUUUAAACGUUUCUGAGAGCUAAGACACUAAAUAAUCAAGACAGUUACAUCUUAUUUUGGUUUUACUCUACAUUUUGGAGUAUCACUUAAAACUUAAGCUGCAUGUUUAUUCUACUGUUUUGACGGAGAAUUGCAUUCCUCGUCGCUACAAUCGUGUAUAGCAUUUCGCGGUACUCAGGAGAGAUAACUUUAGGCGUACUUUUAGGAACGGAAAAAAGCAAAAAAUAUAUUCCAUCGCACAAAAUUUAUAACUUUCAGUUCAAAAUUUGAAUGUUAAUUUUUGGAAGUACCAGUAGCAAUUGUCCUUCGAAUUUUCCCGUAAAGCAUGCAUAAACUUUUGCAAAAUUCAGUAAACAUACGUAACCCAGUAGCAGAAAAUAAAAGAUUUGCCACAAACACAGCAAAAUACCUACUCUUCCUUCGUACUCCGCAAAGCGAAUCAGGGCUUUACUUCUAUCUAACACAUAGAUUAGGUAGAUGUACAUUAGAACGCAUUUGUAGCAAGUGGAUGUAUUUGAAUCAGUAACGCAGAAAACUCUGUUUUAGAAAAAUCGACACAAGAACAUUUUUGUAGAAUAGUGAUAAACAACUAAAAGAAAUUAUUCAACGGCAUAAUGAAAAACGAAUUAAUUUUUAUUAGAUGUGACAUGUGGGAAAAGCAUGAUUAUACCAAAAAGAUGAGAAAUUUCAGUCCUCAGUUAGUGUUUAGGAAAGCACACUUGAUUGCUUAAUCAUUUGAAAGUGAUUGUUUGCUUCAUCCCGCUUGUCGAAUGCCAAUAACGUGGUGCGAGUACAGAGCAUGGAUGCCGACGGACGUGCAACAUCCGCCAUUUUAGUUUGUAACAAAUAUUUAUAUAAACGUAUGUUAUUUGCUACUUUUGAUAUCCAUGUUUUUUAUUUGAAUACUUUACCUUCUCUGUCACCCAGAUCAAUUAGGCAAUGCUUCAGCCCAGACAGUUUCCGAUGCAUUUUUAUAAUCAUAUUCAACGUAAAAUAUAACGAGUAAUUAUGAAAAUCAAA